GAGAUAGAAUGAAAACCAAAGAUUGAUAUGCCCACCCAAUCAUGUAGCCUCCUAAUCAUUGUUAAAAUGAUGGUCUGUUGUGUCAAACACAGAGCUGAGGUCAAGGAGAACUAACACAGAGCACUCACCAGUAUCAGAGGACAUUUAAAUGUCAUUGGAGACCCUCAGAAGAGCACUUUCAGAAGUUUCUGUUUGCCUGCCUGAAAUUUAUUUUUAGGGCUAGUUUAGAUAAGCCCUCAUGCACAAAGUCGGAUCUAGUUUGGUUUUCUUUACUGUGGGACAAAGAACAGUUAACAAUAGCUAAAACAGCUGGGCCAAUAACUAGCAAAGCUUUUAAAAGAUGAGAUGGUAUAUGAGAUGAUAUUAUAUCCAAGAGGCUGGAAGCUUCAUUUUCCUAUAUACUAGUUUAUACCACUAGAAUGUAGCUAUAAGCAGAUACAAAGAUUUUUUUAAGUGUUUGUUAAUAUACAGUAUUUGUAAGCCAUCACUGUGAUGAAAACUCUUGUGAGCUGGUCAGCUCUAGUGAUGAGGAACGUUUCAGGAAACUCUGGGUGUCUUAAGCAGAAGCUUUAUUGAAGCUUGGCCAAGGAGAAUGGCAACAGCAGUGCAGAGUGAGGACACAAAUCUGAAGGAUUCUUCCUUACAGGGAAUAUUUAUCCUUAUUACACCUACAGAGAUUAACCAAGUAGGUUUCCAAGUAGGCUUAUUCUUCACCAAUCUCUACAUGUGUGUCCUGGGGAAAGCCUCCGUAAUAUAACCAUUAAAAUUCCUUCACAAUCAUAACUUUAAUCUCUAUAAAUGUUACAGUGUACCGUGGUGCUGACAAGGGAAACAGGGGUUUUGGGUCCAAAUGCAGACAUAGGAGUGGAGCAGGUAAAUUAGUGACACAAAGUAAAACACAAUGAAAUGGGUGAGAAGUCCAUAAGUCCAAAACUGACAGUAGUUAUCCAAAAUAUCCAGAGGAACACACAAGGAAUAAUGCGGAAACAAAAGGCAUGAACACAAAACACAGAUAUGAACAGUCAUCUACACGAGUAGACACGCUGGUAAAACAAUGAACAUGCAAUGAAUGACAGACAGACAACCACUUAGAGUUAUAACUGUUGACAAAUACAAAAGGGUUGCACAAGUAAUCCAGAUAUCAUUAAAAUCGCAUCAUGGCCAAGCGCAAUAUCCAAUUCAUUGAUUUUAAUCGUUUUUUUCAGUGAUGACAAUGCAAAAGUAAUCAUUCCCACUAAUCAUGAAUCACAUCGCAACUCGUUAUAUUUGUCAAAAUAAUCUUAAUGUAAUUUCUUUUCACCAUAUUGUACAGCCCAAAAAUACACUAUAUAUCAGUUUAUACAGUUGCUACAUUACAGUGUGUUAUAAACCUAUUAAAAGUUUAUAUAUUGCUUAUAAAUACUAAAUAGGGGGACUUACAGUAAAGUGUUACACAAUAUUUCAUUACAUAUUGCUAAUCGAUUAAGUUGUUUACUUGAAGUGAAAACUAUUAUUACAGUAUACCCUAUGUAGUGGUCUCAAAUUGUGCCAUAAUUAGUUGUAGAAAGUACAGUUGAUGGUCACUGAGACCUAACUACCUUUGUGUGGAAAAUUUCUAUUUAGACAGCUGCAGGAUAAAAGGAAUGACCUUUGUUCUUACGUUUUGCUGGUACUCUUAACAUGUACCUACAUUUCUCAAAAUGCUCUCACAUCUGCAAUCUGAAUCACUGACCAGCUGCUUGUAGACGCAGGUUUUAGAGUAAUAAGAUUACUGCAACACAUGUAAGCUGUUUCUCUGAUUCCCUGCUUUAACCUUUUUUGUUUCACUAACUGUUUUCAAUCUCAGAGUCCAUUAUCAGUGUUCAUGUUGGCACAUGUUGAGUAAUUCUUUUUAAAUGUUUAGGGCGCAGAGUCUUUACACAGUGAGCUCUCUGCCAGCACUGAAAGCUUGUCGGAGAACAAGGAGAAAGGCAUUUUUUUCAGUGGACUCCUCAGAAAGACUCCCAAAACAGCUAGAGAGGAGAAUCCAUCUGCACAGAAAGAUUCUCCCUGCGAUGACAGUCUGUCUGGGGCUGCCAACACGAAGGUCAGUUGCAAAGGAAAAAAAAGGAAUAUUUAAUGGAAUAUUCAAGAAAACUCCCAAACCUGUGGAAGCUGCUCAUCCUGAAGAGGAGAAAGGUGGAGGGUUGUUCAGCAGACUCCUGAGAAAGACUCCCAAAGCGUCUGAAGAAAAAACAGAGUCACCGAGCAGAGAGCCUCAGAAAGACCCGUCUGAGAAUAAUACCACCAAGGAGCUGGACAUGAAAAGUGAAAAUCAGUUAUCUGGCAGCUGUGAGAAUCUGUUUCACACCACCGUCUUGAAGGAGAAAAAAGGAGGCCUGGCUGGCAUCUUCAAAAGAUCAGUCAGCACUGACAACCUGUUUGACGAGGAGAAAGGUGGGCUGUUCAGUGGACUUCUCAAGAGGACACCCAAAGCAUUUGGAGAUGAGGCAGCUGCAGAGGACAAGGACGACAAACUGUCAGCAAGUAACAACAGUCUGUUUGAAAACAGCAACACCAAGGAAUUAAACACAGACGAGGACAAGUUAUCUGCCAGUUGGGAAAAUCUUUUAGACGCAACCACAUCAAAGGAGAAGACCGGAGGACUAGCAGGGAUCUUCAAAAAGUCUCCCAAACCAGCUCUGCGCUCAAUCGUUACUAAGGAUCCUCUCAGUGACACAAGGAAACUGUCUACCAGCUGCGACAGCCUCACAGAAACUGCACAGGAUGAUCUUGGUGAAUUGUCGACCAUUAAUAAUACACUUUCUGAAGCCACAAGCACCACAAAGGAAAGUGAGGACAUGGAGGCACCAGAAGGAGGCGGGCUGAGAGGCAGGAGAACCAUUAAGAAAAAAAGACGAGUUGUGUCGUUCCGAAUCAAGAAAACACUUCCCAAAAUACCCAAGCUUAGUCUCACUUCACAGGGUUCAGACAAGAUGCCUUUUUUUGAGGAGACCUUUGAGCUGCAAGAGCUGAACCCAGCACUGGUUAGCAUAAUGGAGAGCACAGUAGAGGUCCAGCCUAUGGAGAUGGCAGCUUACCCUACUGAAGACACCCCUCUUGAAUCUGAGCAGGAAAUUGAUGAGUUGAUGGAGUGGUGGAACACCGUCAAAGGUUGGACAGACUGGAACGAGUCCUCCAAUUUCCAGGAAGGCAAUGAGGAAAUGGUGAUGGAGCAAGUAGCUGAUCGUGUCUACAUGGCAGCCCGUCUGUUUGUGCAUCUUUUCAACCAGCGGGGGGCGUCCUUACAGCAUCGAAUCCUGGAGCUUUUGGCUCUGGCCGACUCUGCAGAUCAAUUCCACAAAAGAACGGUGACAGCUGCUGUGGGUGGAGGGGUGGCCAGUGUCGCAGGCAGCGUGGCAACAAUCACAGGGCUCAUUCUGGCCCCUUUCACUUUUGGUGCCUCUGUUAUUGUCACAGCGGUGGGGAUCAGUGUGGCGACAGCGGGGAGCAUCACGUCAGCGACAGCCAAUAUCACAGAUACAGUUCACUCCAGCAUGGACCGCAAGAAGUUGGAGAAGAUGAUUCAGAGCUACCAAGAAGAGAUCAAAGACAUCAGAGAAUGUUUGGAGUUCGUACAGGACAGUAUGGAUGCCCUGCAGCAGUGGAACUUUGAGGAAUACUCAAAGAGCGCUGGCAAAAAGGCUCUGAACCGCAGCCUCAAGCAUGUGAUGAAGGAGGGCGGCCGAGCCGGAAAAGCCCUGAUGAUCAACACCAAUAAGCUCAUCAGCACUGUGAAGAUUUUAGGCACUGCAGGCGGCGCCGCCAGAGCUGCCAAGGCCAUCAGUGUCACCACAGGAGUUAUGUCGGCCCUCUUCCUUGCUCUGGAUGUUUUCUUCCUUGCCAAAGACUCCCACGAGCUCCGCAAGGGCGCCAAAACUAAAUUUGCCUCCAAGAUCAGGGACGUAUGUAAAGAACUGCAAGACGGCCUCCUGGAGCUGAACAAGGUGAAGACGCAGCUGCAGAAAACCAUGGACGGCAUCGAAGUGGAGGAGUACGAGGACAUUGAGGAUGUGGAGGUGGAGGUUGACGACAAUUUGGAAUCUGAUCCAAAGAAGCUGGCUGAGCUGGAGCAGGAGCUGGACCUCCUGGAGGAGAAACUGGACAAGAAAGUCGUGGAGGAGCAGAAGAAGGUGAAGAAGGAAAAGUUCAAAAGUAAGAAGGAGAAAAAAGAGGAGAAGAGCAUGAAGGAAAAAGACAAGCCAGAGAAAAAGGAGAAGGAAACGGGAAGAAAGUAUGCUAAGAAAGAGGGAAAGAAGGAAAGUAAGAAGGGAAAAGGUGAGGGAGGAAUCAAGGUUGAGUCAAAAUUAGACAAGAUGUCUGAUGAGGAAAAAGAGCAGAAAAAGGAGACUGUCAAAGCAGCCGAAGAUGAAGUUUUAAAAGAACAAUCUCAGAAAGGCAGGAUGAAGGACCAAGAAACUGUGAAUCGAAUUACAGCUGGAAAAGUAAUUUAUGAGAGCAAGCCAGACAAGGUGAAAGAAGACAACGGUACAAAUAAAAAGACGGACGAGAAGGAAAAAGAAAUUAUGACUGGAAAAGAACACAAGGAAAUUAAGAGCCGAACAGGCGAUUCAAAACGAGAGGACCGGAGUGCAAACAUAUAUUCUGAGAGGGUCAAGACAGAGAGGGACAAAAGUAAGAGCAGCAGAGAGGAUGAAAGCGUAAUGAAUGAAGAGAAAGAGACAGACACUGAGAGUGCAAGGAGACACAGCAGCAGGAGCGACAAAGACAGACCCCACAGGAGUGAAAGAGGAAGCAAACAUGGAAAUAAAGAAACCAAUGAGGAAAGAGGCAACAGGACAGAGAGGUGGAGGAAGACAGGGGAGGACAGAGGAGUUAGUGACCAGGGAGCGGAGACGGCAAAAAGUAGAGAUGGGAAGAGAGAAAACCAGGAAGGAAGAGAAUCUAAGAAAGAGAGAGGGAUGGAAAGCGAAGCUCGCGGAAAAAGCGCCGGGACGAAGAUCUCACAUCGAAGUCACGACAUGGCGACGCAGAGAGAGCUUUCGGAAAGAGAGUGUUGGAGCAGCAGAGAGGAAUUUGACUCAAAGAGGAGUCACCACAGGAGAGGGACAGCCCCGCAUGAUGACCGGAGGGAGAGAGGAGAUGAGAAACAAGGGAGCAGGACUAAGAACGCAAGGAGGCUGUAUGAGCAAGCAGGGGGUGAGGAGGAAAGGAGGAAGAGGAACGAGGAUGGACAGAUUCAGAGGAGGGACAGAGAAAGAAGAGGAAGUGACAGAGAGCAUGGACACCAGAGCCACCGAGGAUACCGAGCACGAUCCAACGCGCUGCUGGAAGACGGACUGAAUAUUUAGUUGUUAAGAUAUUAUCUUUGGCAUUUCAUUUCAAACAUUAACACGCCAUUAUUAAUUCAAGGUUAGGUUUGGAUUAUUUGAAGUCUGUCUUAAAGUCCAACUGGAAUUUAAGAGACAGGUGCGAAGGAGAAGGGCGAGCGGAUCACAAGCUGCAAAUAAACUCCAGCACAAAA